CCUCUCCGCGCCAUUUUCAAACUGUCCUGGCGCCCGAGCCCGUGUUGGGGCGGAAGGGGCCAACGAGGAAGGCAGGCUCGAGGGCGAUGCGACCGCAGACGGAGGGAGCGGCGGCCGGAGCUCGGGACUUUAAUUUUUGGAAGUGAAUAAAACUAGUUUUGGAAGACAAGAUGACUACAGCUGCAGAAAGAAAGUAUAUUAAUAUUAGAAAAAGAUUGGAUCAGUUGGGAUACCGCCAGACUCUGACAGUGGAGUGUUUACCCUUGGUAGAAAAACUUUUCAGUGACCUGGUUCAUACAACAGAAAGUCUUAGGAAAUCAAAAUUAUCUGCUGUGAAAGCCGAAAAAGAAAGUGCCAAUUUUGAUUUUGUUUUGGAACCUUACAAACUUGAAAAUACAAAAUUGAGCAGGGAAAAUAAUGAAUUAUACCUGGAAUUAAUGAAACUGAGAGAACAAUCGGCCCAACACAUUAAAGAGCUGAAAACUACAUUGAAGGAGAGUACACGUGAAACAGCUGAUCUGAAAUUUUUAAAUAACCAGUAUGUUCAUAAACUCAAACUUUUGGAGAAAGAGAGCAAAGCUAAGAAUGAAAAAAUUCAACAACUUCAAGAAAAGAAUUUGCAUGCUGUUGUACAAACUCCAGGCGGCAAGAAAAGAAGUAUUGCUUUUAGGCGCCAGCGAAUGCAAAUUGACCAACCAGUCCCUCCCUCUGAAGUCAGUUCCUAUCCAGUUCCUCAGCCAGAUGACCCUUACAUUGCAGACCUCCUACAAGUGGCUGAUAACAGAAUUCAAGAACUUCAACAGGAAGUCCAUCAGUUACAAGAAAAAUUAGCCAUGAUGGAAAGUGGUCUGAGAGAUUACAACAAGCAGAUUGAAUUAAGAGAACGAGAGAUAGAACGACUGUCCAUUGCAUUGGACGGUGGCCGCUCCUCUGAUAUCCUCUCUCUGGAGUCUAAAAAUAAAACCAAUGAAAAGAUUAUUGCUCAUUUAAAUAUUCAGGUUGACUUUCUUCAGCAAGCUAAUAAAGACCUGGAGAAGCAUAUACAAGACCUUAUGGAAACCAAGGAAACAGUGACUACUGAAGUUGUUAAUUUAAGUAACAAAAAUGAAAAACUUUGCCAAGAAUUAACUGAAAUAGACCAUUUAGCACAGCAGUUGGAAAGACAUAAAGAAGAAGUGCUUGAGACUGCGGAUAAAGAACUUGGGGAAGCAAAGAAAGAGAUUAAAAGAAAUAUUUCUGAAAUGAGGAAUCUUGAAGAAACAAUGGCAAAACUUCAGCUGGAAUUAAACUUAUGCCAUAAAGAAAAAGAGAGACUGAGUGAUGAGCUCCUUAUAAGAUCAGACUUGGAAACUGUUGUUCAUCAGCUUGAACAAGAAAAGCAAAGACUUAGCAAAAAAAUUGAAAGUUUUGGAGUUACAGAAAGAGAACUCACUUUGGAAGUUGAGAGAAUGAGGCUAGAGCAUGGAAUAAAACGUCGAGACAAGUCACCUUCUCGUUUAGAUACAUUUCUGAAAGGUAUAGAAGAAGAACGAGAUUUUUAUAAGAAAGAGCUAGAAAGACUCCAGCAUAUAAUACAGAGAAGAUCUUGCUCUACAAAUUAUUCUGCACAUGAAAAACCUUCAACAUUUAAAAUGCUAGAAAAGGGUGAUUACAAUUCUGAAAUUCAUCUGAUCACAAGAGAAAGAGAUGAACUUCAACAUAUGCUGGAAAGAUUUGAGAAACAUAUGGAGGAUAUACAGGCCAAUGUUAAAUUAUUGACAGCAGAAAGAGAUAAACUAAGUGUUUUAUAUCAUGAAGCUCAGGAAGAAUUAUCUUCACUAAGACAAGAAUCCACCCAAAGCACAGUCUCCCAUAAUGUUGUUAGUCUGAUGGAAAAGGAAAAAGAAGUUGCAAUAUCUGAUUUAAGAAGGCUUAUAGCAGAAAAGGAAGCUUUAAAGGACAAGUUAAAAAGUUUCCAGGAAAUGAGUCUUUUCGGAAAAUCAGAAUUAGAGAAAACUAUUGAACAUUUAACAUAUGUUAAUCACCAGCUUGAAAAUGAAAACUGUGAAUUAAAGUCUAAAAUGUUAAUAAUGAAAGAAUCAAUGGAAUCACUAGAGAACAAGGCAAAAUUCCAAGCUCAAAAACUUAGCCAUGUGGCUGGUGACUCAUCUCUUCAUAAAACAGAGAUGAAUUCACUUAGGAUAGUAAAUGAGCAGCUACAGCGGUCACUUGAUGAUUAUCAGCACCGACUUUCCAUCCAAAGAGGUGAACUUGAAUCAGCCGAAGCACAAAUUAAAAUGCUGGAGGAAAAUAUAGGUAAACUGCACCUUAAGAUGACUUCACAGGAUCAAGAAGCUCAUGUCAUGAAAAAAACCAUUGGUGUUAUUGAUAAAGAAAAAGACUUCCUUCAGGAGGCUGUAGAUGAGAAGACAGAACAGAUUGCAAACUUGCAAGAAAACCUUGCUAAUAAAGAAAAAGCUAUUGCUCAGAUGCAGAUAACGUUCUCAGAAUAUGAAUCUUCUUUGAACCAACUAAAGGAGACACUGACGAAUCGAGACCGUGAGAUAAACAGCCUCCUGCGCCAGCUUGAUGCAACUAAUAAAGAACUCGAUGAAGUAGGAAGAUCUAAAGAAAUAUCUUGUAAGGAAAAUAGAAGAUUACAAGAUGAUCUGGCUACAAUGGCAAGAGAAAACCAAGAAAUCUCACUGGAAUUGGAAGCAGCGGUGCAAGAAAAAGAAGAAAUGAAGAGUAGAGUUCAUAAUUACAUAACAGAGGUGUCACGAUGGGAGAGCUUAAUGGCUGCUAAGGAAAAAGAAAAUCAAGAUUUGUUAGAUAGAUUUCAAAUGCUUCAUAACCGUGCUGAAGACUGGGAGGUCAAAGCCCAUCAAGCUGAGGGAGAAAGCAGCUCAGUUCGACUGGAACUUCUUUCUAUUGACACAGAGAGGAGGCACCUUCGUGAAAGAGUGGAGCUAUUAGAAAAAGAAAUUCAGGAGCACAUAAAUGCACAUCAUGCCUAUGAAUCUCAGAUCUCAUCAAUGGCAAAAGCCAUAUCUAGAUUAGAAGAAGAGCUGAGACAUCAAGAAGAUGAGAAAGCAACAGUAUUCAAUGAUUUGUCAUCUCUUAGAGAACUCUGUAUUAAGCUUGACUCAGGCAAAGAUAUUAUGACCCAACAAUUGAAUGCUAAAAACCUUGAAUAUGAGAGGGUUGUGAUGGAAUUAGAAAAUGUAAAAUCAGAAUCAGAGCUGUUAAAAACACAAUUGUCAAGUGAGAGACAUACGAUUAAAAAUCUUGAAUCAUUGUUGGCUACGAAUAGAGAUAAAGAAUUUCAUUCUCAUUUAACUUCCCAAGAGAAGGAUACAGAAAUUCAGUUACUUAAAGAGAAGUUAACCCUUUCAGAAAGCAAAUUAACUAGUCAAAGCCGGGAGAACACCAUGCUUCGGGCUAAAGUGGCACAAUUACAAACAGAUCAUGAUGCCAUGAAAAGGCAGAUUUCAACUGAAAGAUAUGAACGAGAACGAGCAAUCCAGGAGAUGCGUCGGCAUGGUCUUCCCACACCACCCCUUAGUUCUACUCUGAAAUCUCCUUUACAUUCUCCUGAACAUAUAAACUGAUAAUUUUUAGAAAGAAUGUUGACUUUCAAUGAGUUGGCUGUAUGGACUUGUUAAAGACAGAACAGUAAUAAUAUAUUCGAAGUACUUGUUCCUGAAAAUCAUGAACAUUGACACAAAUUCUACCUCUUUCAACUUUUAUUUAAAUCAGUGAAUAUUUAUGUAAAAAAUGGUUUAAAAGAGCUAUAUCUAUGUGUAUAUUUUCAUGCAUAUGACAGAAAAAAUAUGUAUUAAUAGUGCUAACUGAUAUUAUAUCUGUAUUUUUAUUCCUGACUUAAAUUACUCCUCAAUGUGUGUUUAUACUGUGAAUUAAUAUAAUGUAUUAAUCACAUUAUGUUUUAAUAAUCUUUUUCUUAAUGAGCCAUAUUUGUAUAUAAAUAUUCUUACAGUACUUAUUUUUAAAGUGUUUUUAGUUUUCAUGCCUGUGCUGAUAACCCAUAUCUUUAACACAUUCACAAAAGAUUAUCAACUCAGAUGUUACACUUAACUUUUUUCUUCUAAAUAUAAAAUUACCAAUUUGCUGUCUGUCAUUGAAGUGAAUAUAUUUAGGUCUAUUCUUAUAAUAGUAGAGUCUUGAUAAAAUAAUGAUUACCAUUUAUAAUUUGUUAUUGUCAAUUAGAAAAACUGUGAUGUGGAAGAUACAUGUUGUAUAUACUUUAUUUUCGCUAUCACAUGGUCUCUUCACAUGAUACAAAUUUAUCAAAAUCAAACUAAAAGUGGUAUUUAAAAUUUUGUCAAACCAUAGAACAGAAAUUUGGGACUUUUUUCCAGUUAAUAAAAUUCCUCACUGUAUCAAUAUAAAAGUUCAGAAUAUAAUAGUAUAUGGGGUAAAUAGAGUAAAACAUUUUGCUAAAAUUAUCCAAUAUACAUACAUUCGAUAAUAUCAGAUUUUGUUUCUAAACCUGUAUGUUGUCAUUUAAUCAGUCUUCCAGAAUAGUAUGUAAACAUUUAACUAUGGCAUAAUAAGUAGAAAACAGCGUUUUACAAUUUUCAAAAUUUUAAUUUCAAAGAAUAUAAAUAUAUGCACAUAUUAAUAAAAGAACAGUAGUACAAAAUAGAGUAUUGGAUACAAAAACUAAUCGUGUUUGAACCAUACACAUUUGAAGAAAAUCCUGUUCUCUAGUAGAUUUUCAUUAUGACUGAAAGCUUAAAAACAUAGGAAAGUGAAAGGCUAUUUACUUAUAAUCCAUUUUGUUUCCUCCUUUAAUAAAGUGGAGUUUGUGUGUGUGCAUUUGUGUGUACCUGGAGGUGGGCAUUGCUCUUUUUCUAAAACUAAUAUGCCUUAUAUGUGUGAGUUAUGCCCUUUGCAAUAAUUCAGUGUGUAAUUUGGGUGUGAUGUGCCUUACUUUACCAUCAUCUUUGUAAUUUUAUGUAUUCUAUCUCCUUGUGUAAGUUCAGGUGUUACAUUAAAAGACAAGAGAAAUGGGACUAUUUGCAAUGUCAAAUGGAAAAUCUUUUAAUAAAUAUAUGUAAAUAAAAUAAAAAUAUUUGUUACCACCUUCCCCCCCCCCCAAAGUUAACAGCAAGACAUAUUUUGUUAGAUUUAUUAUAUUUUUACUGUUUUCUAUAAUUAAAAAUGUAUACCUUGUUAUAAUUGUUUUUAUAACCAUGAUACAAUUUUCUAAAGUUAGUUUUAGCUUAAAAUACUGAAUGUUCUGACCUUUUAUAGAUGUUUUUAAUUUGUUUUAAAUAAUUUUAAAUUAUGGAGCUUGACAUAGAUUUUCCAAUAAAUAUUCCAGUCAAUUUAUUUUCUCUUUCUUAUAGUUUUUUUCAAGAAUUUUAGCAGUAUUCAUUAAUUCUAAAAUUAAGAACAGUUUAUUCAAAUUAAACUUUAUCCUGGUGAGAUAUAGGGAAUCCCCUGAGUUUAGGUGCCAGGCACUUUUUUUUUUUUUUAACUCCCUUUUAUUUUCAACUAGUUUAAAAUGUAAGAAGUGAAGUUACAGUUUCUGUUUGAAAUUCAUCUAUAAAAUGUUUAAACAGG